CGGAAGAAAAGUUCCCCGAAACUUCGGUCAGGUGGUAUUUCUUGCAACGGCGGCCACCAUGUGGAGUAUCCGUCUUCGCGGGCCGCGCGGCAAGCAGGUGGUGCUGAAGAUCGACUCGGACGCCAACUUUAAAACGUUCUCAGGUUCAUGGACUGCGUGGUGUGAGUGCUUGCCUCUUCGUAUUGGCUGAGUGUCUGAUAAUUACGUUCUACAGAGCUCGCAGUGAAGGAACUGGGGCUGCAGACAAAAGACUCACCUACUUGUACGUGGCCGAAGCUACUGUGGAUGAUUGUACUUGAUCUUGAGUUUGUACUUUGUGCUGCAGUUCGCAAAGGUUUUCCGCCUCGACCAGUAGAAGUGGAUGGCUCGGCGCUGGUCAAGUUCGUCUUUGAGGCCAACGACACGGUGGUGGUGGACACGAGCUCAGGCACUGCAGCUCCGAUGCAAGCUGCUAGUGCUGCAAAGAAGCCUCCACCGAGACCAAAGCGAGCUGCUGCAAAGAAGACGCAGGCUGCGGCUAAAGCACCGAGAGGUGGAGUACAUACGCUGCACCCAACGACCAGUGCGAAGAAGAAGGCCCCGCCGAAGCGGAAAAUCACAGGCAGUGGUCAUCAGCUUGGUAGCUCGUUGGAGAAUAACCCAUCGGAAGAUGCAGAGGCUGUGGGUGAUGGUGAAGGCGAGCCACAACGCAAAUAUCGCCGCAGUAAAGCGAUUAACCUCACGUCCAAGGAAGAUGUGGAGAUCAGUCUGGUGAACGCUGUGAGUGGGCAAUCUCACGGCCGUGCCGCCAAGUUCUUCCGUGCGGCGACGAAGAAUGCAGUGGAGCAUCAAUACGAGAUAACACUGGCCACGUCUAGACUGAAUGCAGCGUUGGCACAUAACUAUGAGAUCGAAGAGCUAUCGACCACCCGACGUGCUGAUGGGAGCGCUGCUAAGCUGCGCGUUCGCUUUAAGGAGACACCGCGCACGUGGAAGGAAGAGAUAGUGGAUCUGCUAAAGACAGACGAACUGCAGGCCAUUCUGAAAUAUGUAUUGAUAUCGGGGGGCGAGACUGGACGAGAAAUGCUCAAGCCAUUCAACAUGGCGCAAGUGUCUACCAGAGUGUUUUGGAGUAUUGCGCGCUUGUACGAUGGAGAUGUUGCUGUUGGACUAGCCGAUCUUGUACCCGAUGAAGAUUGGUCAUUCUUAGACGCUCGUACGCGUGUUAUGUCCGAGAAAGCUAUGGAGGCAAAGGUAAAUGAAGAGCAGUAUAAGUUGUGGAAGCAAGGAAAGCAAGGAACUAUCCGGAGUAGCCGUACAUCUUCUUUGAAACCGGAGAGUAAGGUGGAAGCAAAGCCCACACGACGUUCUGCAGCUAAGGAGACGAAGCCUGAAGUCAUUUCUGUGGACUCCUGUGACGAAGACGAGGCUAAACAAGAGGCAGCAGAGCCAAAGCGACCAGUAGCUCAGACGCCUGCUCUGUCAGCGAAAGAGGCAACUCCGAACACCCUGCGUAGCGCAGCGGCACAAGCUGCGCUGGCCCGGUUUGACCGAAGUGCGCAUACAAGUGCUCUUGUAUCUGCUUUUCUCCCAGUAACCCAAUCGUCUAUCAAGAAAGAAACGGCGGUCGACGAAGAGGAUACCGAAUCUGAGGAGGAAAUCGAGGAAGCCAUUACGGUGUACUGCGAUGCAUGCAAGAAAGCUCGUAUUUUAUCUGCAGAGGAAGCAGCAAACGCUGAUCUGGAUAAAGAUCCGUGGACCUGUACCAAUUUGGCGAAGGCUGGACGCAGCGGCGAGUGCGACGCUAUCGACGAUGAAGUGGCACAGAUCGCGGGCAGCCCCAUUGCUGAUUGGUUACUUAAGGCUUCCAUCACUACUCGGCUAGAACUAGCGGACGCUUCUGUGGGUGCCACAAUGCAUUCUCUUGUGAAUCCACUGGACCCAUCAGCUCAGAUGCUACAGGUAAAGCUUGAAAAGCUGAUCGAUGAGGUGAGUAUACCUGGAGUUGAUGAUGGGCAACACCGUGCUAACUUGUACAUGUGAAUGAAAUAGGCGCGUCUUGAUGAGGUGAACGACUGGAUGGCGGAAAUUGCUGGUGAGCCUGUAGUGGUGCAACAACUGGAGCUUCAGAAGCUUGGCACGCCUGCCGAUUUGAUUGCCACACCGACCGACUUGAUCCUCGAUGCUGUUGCCAAUGCUGUUGAUGUUUCUCUCGAGGUGGUUAGUUCCUGGCAGACUCGUGCCCAAGCUUUGGUGGAGAAGCACCCCUGGUUGGCAGAAUGGCGAACGCUAUAGCGCCACCUUUUGUCGACGAAGACAAGUAUGUGAUGCUGGCCACUGCUUCGAUAUUCACAGCUAUUUGAAAACGAAAUGAAAAAGUUAUAUUUCUUCCGCUUCCAGGCUUUCUGUUCUACACAUGCAGAAGGCGACAAACGGCCCAUGAAAUGGUUCGUUCUGCCCCCUUUCAUUGUCGCUUCGCCUCCCGCCA